AUGCGUCAGAUUUCAGCGUGUCUCAAGCUCAAGGGCCUUGUCGAGAAAGUCGAGCCAAAGCACAUCAGGCAAGUUGCACGCCACACCUACCUACCAAUAGCGGACUACGAACAAUUUAAGCAGCAUGACCUCUUGGCCGGUAUACAGGAAGAAUAUGAUUCCAGGAUACCAGAGGAGGCACCGACAGAGCCGCUACUCAUCGACGAGCACCGCUACCCUCAUCUCCGAGCUUUGAGAGCGGACGACGAGAUCGGUGACGGGUUAUGGCUAUGCUGCCACUGCCGGCACGAAAACAUCUUGCAUCACUACAAAGGCCGUUUCCCAUUCAAGCACCUCACAUGCAACCGGUGCAAACGUCUGUUAUGCAGCGAAUGCCAAACCACUGAGGUCCUCUCACAGCUCCCAUAUGGGAUGAUUCACGUACCUAAACCUUCUGAUUCUGAAGAGGUAAGGUAUCUUCACGUUUGUACGAACUGCGGUCUUAGCCACCGUGCUGAGAUGGAGGGAUCGACGCUCGACUUCUACGGUGUUACUUGCGCUGGGUGUGGAACAUCGUCGUACGGGGACUGGCCCAGAUAUCACAUUGGAUCUGUCGAACCAUACAGGAGAGAUCCAGAUGCGAGCUAUGCAAGGCUCGUCGAGCAGAAGGCGGAAAGAGCUGCGAACCUGGCACACCACUGGAACGAAAACGAUCGAGCACCAUCGAGACUGAGCUGCAAGAACUCCGAUUGA